CAUACACACUCACCAUGAAGCUCAUGCUACUGUUCGCCGUGGCCAUCGCCGCCCCCCAGCUCACCCUCAGCGCCCCAGCGGCUCUGGACUCCAGCGAGGAGGUGGAGGUAGUGCCCAUCCUGAGGGACGACCGUGUCCACGAGGAGGACGGAAGGUUCAACGUGGAAGUUGAGACUGGCAAUGGCAUCCGUUUGUCUCAGUCCGGUUCCCCCGACGGUAACAAUGGGGCAGUCAUGCAGGCUGGACAAUACUCCUACACUGCUCCUGACGGCACUUCAGUUGAAGUAACAUUUGUUGCCGACGAGAACGGUUUCCAGCCCCAGUCUGACCUGCUGCCAGUGGCUCCCGCCUUCCCUCACCCAAUCCCCCAGUUCGUGCUGGACCAGAUCGCCUUCGCUGCUGCAGAGGACGCUGCCCGCGCCAGUGCCGAGGACUCCAAAGAGACUUAAGAGAGGAUGUGCAUAUUCGUCUUUCAGGAUUGUUUCAGUGAUCGCUAUGUGAUUAUUAUAUUUAUAUUUUAAAUAUACAUCUCCAGAUUUAAA